AUGGAAUCUGGGAGAAGGGGGUGGAAUCAGGGAGAAGGGGAUGAAAUCUGGGAGAAGGGGAUGGAAUCUGGGAGAAGGAGAUGGAAUCUGGGAGAAGGGGGUGGAAUCUGGGAGAAGGGGAUGAAAUCUGGGAGAAGGGGAUGGAAUCUGGGAGAAGGGGAUGGAAUCUGGGAGAAGGGGAUGGAAUCUGGGAGAAGGGGAUGGAAUCAGGGAGAAGGGGAUGGAAUCUGGGAGAAGGGGAUGGAAUCUGGGAGAAAGGGGUGGAAUCUCGGAGAAGAGGAUGGAAUUUGGGAGAAGGGGAUAGAAUCUGGGAGAAGGGGAUGGAAUCUGGGAGAAGGGGAUGGAAUAUGGGAGAAGGGGAUGGAAUCUGGGAGAAAGGGAUGGAAUAUGGGAGAAGGGGAUGGAAUAUGGGAGAAGGGGAUGGAAUCUAGGAGAAGGGGAUGGAAUCUGGGAGAAGGGGGUGGAAUCAGGGAGAAGGGAAUAAAAUCUGGGAGAAGGGGAUGGAAUCUGGGAGAAGGGGAUGGAAUAUGGCAGAAGGGGAUGGAAUCUAGGAGAAGGGGAUGGAAUCUCGGAGAAGGGGAUGGAAUCUGGGAGAAGGGGGGAGAAGGGGAUGAAAUCUGGGAGAAGGGGAUGGAAUCUGGGAGAAGGAGAUGGAAUCUGGGAGAAGGGGGUGGAAUCUGGGAGAAGGGGAUGAAAUCUGGGAGAAGGGGAUGGAAUCUGGGAGAAGGGGAUGGAAUCUGGGAGAAGGGGAUGGAAUCUGGGAGAAGGGGAUGGAAUCGGGGAGAAGGGGAUGGAAUCUGGGAGAAGGGGAUGGAAUCUGGGAGAUGGGGGUGGAAUCUGGGAGAAGGGGAUGGAAUUUGGGAGAAGGGGAUAGAAUCUGGGAGAAGGGGAUGGAAUCUGGGAGAAGGGGAUGGAAUCUGGGAGAAGGGGAUGGAAUCUGGGAGAAAGGGAUGGAAUAUGGGAGAAGGGGAUGGAAUAUGGGAGAAGGGGAUGGAAUCUGGGAGAAGGGGAUGGAAUCUGGGAGAAGGGGGUGGAAUCAGGGAGAAGGGAAUAAAAUCUGGGAGAAGGGGAUGGAAUCUGGGAGAAGGGGAUGGAAUAUGGCAGAAGGGGAUGGAAUCUAGGAGAAGGGGAUGGAAUCUGGGAGAAGGGGAUGGAAUCUGGGAGAAGGGGGUGGAAUCCGGGAGAAGGGGGUGGAAUGUGGGAGAAGGGGAUGGAAUCUGGGAGAAGGGGAUAGAAUCUGGGAGAAGGGGAUGGAAUUUGGGAGAAGGGGAUGGAAUCUGGGAGAAGGGGAUGGAAUCUGGGAGAAAGGGAUGGAAUAUGGGAGAAGGGGAUAGAAUUUGGGAGAAGGGGAUGGAAUCUGGGAGAAGGGGAUGGAAUCUGGGAGAAGGGGGGGGUGGAAUCUGGGAGAAGGGGAUGAAAUCUGGGAGAAGGGGAUGGAAUCUGGGAGAAGGGGAUGGAAUCUGGGAGAAGGGGAUGGAAUCUGGGAGAAGGGGAUGGAAUCAGGGAGAAGGGGAUGGAAUCUGGGAGAAGGGGAUGGAAUCUGGGAGAAGGGGGUGGAAUCUGGGAGAAGGGGAUGGAAUUUGGGAGAAGGGGAUAGAAUCUGGGAGAAGGGGAUGGAAUCUAGGAGAAGGGGAUGGAAUCUGGGAGAAGGGGAUGGAAUCUGGGAGAAAGGGAUGGAAUAUGGGAGAAGGGGAUGGAAUAUGGGAGAAGGGGAUGGAAUCUGGGAGAAGGGGAUGGAAUCUGGGAGAAGGGGGUGGAAUCAGGGAGAAGGGAAUAAAAUCUGGGAGAAGGGGAUGGAAUCUGGGAGAAGGGGAUGGAAUAUGGCAGAAGGGGAUGGAAUCUAGGAGAAGGGGAUGGAAUCUGGGAGAAGGGGAUGGAAUCAGGGAGAAGGGGAUGGAAUCUGGGAGAAGGGGGUGGAAUCUGGGAGAAGGGGGUGGGACCUGGGAGAAGGGGAUGGAAUCUGGGAGAAGGGGAUGGCAUCUGGGAGAAGGGGAUGGAAUCUGGGAGAAGGGGAUGGAAUCGAGGAGAAGGGGAUGGAAUCUGGGAGAAGGGGAUAGAAUCUGGGAGAAGGGGAUGGAAUCGGGGAGAAGGGGAUGGAAUCUGGGAGAAUGGGAUGGAAUCUGGAAGAAGGGGAUGGAAUAUGGGAGAAGGGGAUGGAUUCUGGGAGAAGGGGAUGGAAUCUGGGAGAAGGGGGAUGGAAUCUGGGAGAAGGGGAUAGAAUCUGGGAGAAGGGGAUGGAAUCAGGGAGAAGGGGAUGGAAUCUGGGAGAAGGGGAUGGAAUCUGGGAGAAGGGGAUGGAAUCAGGGAGAAGGGGAUGGAAUCUGGGAGAAGGGGGUGGAAUCGGGGAGAAGGGGUUGGAAUCUGGGAGAAGGGGAUGGAAUCUGGGAGAAGGGGAUGGAAUCUGGGAGAAGGGGAUGGAAUCUGGGAGAAGGGGAUGGAAUCUGGGAGAAGGGGAUGGAAUCAAAUUUGGGAGAAGGGGAUGGAAUCUGGGAGAAGGGGAUGGAAUAUGGGAGAAGGGGAUGGAAUCUGGGAGAAGGGGAUGGAAUCUGGGAGAAGGGGAUGGAAUCUGGGAGAAGGGGAUGGAAUCUGGGAGAAGGGGAUGGAAUCUGGGAGAAGGGGAUGGAAUUUGGGAGAAGGGGAUGGAAUCUGGGAGAAGGGGAUGGAAUCUGGGAGAAGGGGAUGGAAUCUGGGAGAAGGGGAUGGAUUAUGGGAGAAGGGGAUGGAAUCUGGGAGAAGGGGAUGGAAUCUGGGAGAAGGAGAUGGAUUCUGGGAGAAAGGGAUGAAAUCUGGGAGAAUGGGAUGGAAUUUGGGAGAAGGGGAUGGAAUCUGGGAGAAGGGGAUGGAAUCUGGGAGAAGGGGAUGGAAUCUGGGAGAAGGGGAUGGAAUCUGGGAGAAGGGGAUGGAAUCUGGGAGAAGGGGAUGGAAUCUGGGAGAAGGGGAUGGAAUCUGGGAAAAGGGGAUGGAAUUUGGGAGAAGGGUGUGGAAUCUGGGAGAAGGGGAUGGAAUCUGGGAGAAGGGGAUGGAAUCAGGGAGAAGGGGAUGGAAUCUGGGAGAAGGGGAUGGAAUCUGGGAGUAGGGGAUGGAAUAUGGGAGAAGGGGAUGGAAUCUGGGAGAAGGGGAUGGAAUCGGGGAGAAGGGGAUCGAAUGAGGGAGAUGGGGAUGGAAUCUGGGAGAAGGGGUUGGAAUCUGGGAGAAGGGGAUGGAAUCUCGGAGAAGGGGAUAGAAUUUGGGAGAAGGGGAUGGAAUCUGGGAGAAGGGGAUGGAAUCUGGGAGAAGGGGAUGGAAUCUGGGAGAAAGGGAUGGAAUAUGGGAGAAGGGGAUGGAAUAUGGGAGAAGGGGAUGGAAUCUGGGAGAAGGGGUUGGAAUCUGGGAGAAGGGGGUGGAAUCAGGGAGAAGGGGAUGAAAUCUGGGAGAAGGGGAUGGAAUCUGGGAGAAGGGGAUGGAAUUUGGAAGAAGGGGAUGGAAUCUGGGAGAAGGGGAUGGAAUCUGGGAGAAGGGGAUGGAAUCUGGGAGAAGGGGAUGGAUUAUGGGAGAAGGGGAUGGAAUCUGGGAGAAGGGGAUGGAAUCAGGGAGAAGGGGAUGGAUUCUGGGAGAAGGGGAUGGAAUCUGGGAGAAGGGUAUAGAAUCUGGGAGAAGGGGAUGAAAUAUGGGAGAAUGGGAUGGAAUUUGGGAGAAGGGGAUGGAAUCAGGGUGAAGGGGUUGGAAUCUUGGAGAAGGGGAUGGAAUCUGGGAGAAGGGGAUAGAAUCUGGGAGAAGGGGAUGGAAUCUGGGAGAAGGGGAUGGAAUCUGGGAGAAGGGGAUGGAAUCUGGGAGAAGGGGAUGGAAUCUGGGAGAAGGGGAUGGAAUCUGGGAGAAGGGGAUGGAAUCUGGGAGAAGGGGAUGGAAUCUGGGAGAAGGGGAUGGAAUCUAGGAGAAGGGGAUGGAAUCAGGGAGAAGGGGAUGGAAUCUGGGAGAAGGGGGUGGAAUCAAGGAGAAGGGGAUGAAAUCUGGGAGAAAGGGAUGGAAUCUAGGAGAAGGGGAUGGAAUCAGGGAGAAGGGGAUGGAAUCUGGGAGAAGGGGAUGGAAUCUGGGAGAAGGGGAUGGAAUCUGGGAGAAGGGGAUGGAUUCUGGGAAAGGGGAUGGAAUCAGGGAGAAGGGGGUGGAAUCAGGGAGAAGGGGAUGAAAUCUGGGAGAAGGGGAUGGAAUAUGGGAGAAGGGGAUGGAAUAUGGGAGAAGGGGAUAGAAUAUGGGAGAAGGGGAUGGAAUCUGGGAGAAGGGGAUGGAAUUAGGGAGAAGGGGAUGGAAUCUGGGAGAAGGGGGUGGAAUCUGGGAGAAGGGGGUGGAAUCUGGGAGAAGGGGAUGGAAUCUGGGAGAAGGGGAUGGAAUCUGGGAGAAGGGGAUGGAAUCUGGGAGAAGGGGAUGGAAUCUGGAAGCAGGGGAUGGAAUCUGGGAGAAGGGGAUAGAAUCUGGGAGAAGGGGAUGGAAUCUGGGAGAAGGGGAUGGAAUCUAGGAGAAGGGGAUGGAAUCAGGGAGAAGGGGAUGGAAUCUGGGAGAAGGGGGUGGAAUCAGGGAGAAGGGGAUGAAAUCUGGGAGAAGGGGAUGGAAUCUGGGAGAAGGGGAUGGAAUAUGGGAGAAGGGGAUAGAAUAUGGGAGAAGGGGAUGGAAUCUGGGAAAAGGGGAUGGAAUCAGGGAGAAGGGGAUGGAAUCUGGGAGAACGGGGUGGAAUCUGGGAGAAGGGGGUGGAAUCUGGGAGAAGGGGAUGGAAUCUUGGAGAAGGGGAUGGAAUCUGGGAGAAGGGGAUGGAAUCUGGGAGAAGGGGAUGGAAUCUGGAUGAAGGGGAUGGAAUCUAGGAGAAGGGGAUAG